CAAGGCAAGGUUAUGGCAAGCUCGUGUUUGGCUGUUAUGGCUGCUGAAAUGGGGAGCUGGUCCCUUCACCAUAAUGUAAGUCUGUAUCUUAUUCUAGAAUAUUGCAGGUGGGUGUGGAGGGCCCUGCCUCAUACACACAUUGGGAAUCCAAGCCCCUUCAUCCAGUGACCCCACUGUCUUUAGAGUUUUGGAGACGCCUCCAAGAAAGGUCCUACAGAUAUUCAUGCUCCAGAUGUGCUUGGUGGACAUCCAGUCUCUGUGCAUAUGGCCACACCUCCAUGACGGGAUCAUCCAAAACUCCAAAUCCUUGCUCAGGUCUCAGAUCAUACUUUUGUAACAUGUCUUGAAAUAUUUAUUUAGAUGGGGUAUCUGUUAUUCUUUUGUUUAAGCUGCAGCUGCUGAUAUAAAGAAAGGAACAACGGAUGAACAACCCACGUGGAGUUUAUUUACCAGAAAGGGGGGAAGAGGGGGAUGGGUAGUCAGCCAACCCAAGAGAAGCCAAAAAGAAGAGAGAGAGGGAUGGGCGGCAGGACCUUUUAAAGGGGAGGUUGCCUAUGCGCACCGGGGUUUUGCAAUGCAUGUCGGGUGAAUGCCCCGUUGUUAGGGGGCGGGGUCAGAGUCAUCCAGGUGUAUUGUUCUUAUAGUGUCGUGUGCCACAGGGCACAUUUGGAGUCCCACAUUGGGACUUCUGAUCCUUCUGCCUCUGCCUCCUGAGGGCUGGGAUCACAGUGUGCAUCACCACUUUGUUGAUGUAGUGCACUCCCAAGCCUUGGUGCCCAGUAUGUCAACUCAUCAUGCUAGGACAUUACUGCAGGGCAAAGGGAGAGUUCUGGUCUUGGUGGUAUAUACCUGAGAAUCAUCAUUGUGGAGGUUAAGGCAAGAGGGUCAUGAGUUCAAGGUUGACCUGUGUUAUGUCACAAGAGUGUGCUAUUAAAAAUAGAAAUCGGGAGGAGUGAAAACAGAGAACUUGGCAAUGUGAAUCUAGUCUUACCUGCCAAUUACCAUGCUGAGCCUUCUACUAUAACCCGUUGGCCAGAGAAUGGCCACUGGUCUAGACCUGGGCAUUUGAUGGCUGAGAGUUAAUAAGGGAAGCUGGGGACAAAGCAGGUUAUUAUUUCUGCCUUGUCGCCACUUGGACCAAUCAGUUAGGAGUAGCCAUGAUCUUUCUUUCUACAUAAUCAUUCUAUAUAAUAUAUAUGUAAUUAUAUAAAUAUGUUACGUUCAAUGUGUGUAUAUGUGGGCACCCAUAUAGAGGGAAGAAAGGAGAUUCUUUCAAUGAUAUGGGCUUUUUUGCUCUGGACUGGUGACUUCAGGAGACUCUGCUGUCCUGGAUUCAGAAUACAGAGACCAUGGCUGGGGGGUCUAGCUUGGUAUAAAUGUAGCAUAUAAAAGCAUCUGAUCAUAAAUUUAGUGCCAAAGAGGAAAAGGCUGGAGGAUCCACAGGGAUUCCUGGCCAGGAGGUCUUGCAUAGUUGAUGAGCUCUGGUCCAAUGAGAAACAUUGUCUUAAAGGAGAUAGAUGGCAUCCUGAGGAUGACACCAGAGGAAGACUUCUGGUUUUUCACGUGCACACUCCCACAUGCACAUACAAGCACACACACACAGGCAGGCACACACACACACACACACACACACACACACACACACUCACACACAGAGUUUAAAAAGGCAGUAUAGUCUUGUCCCGAUGCCACAUGAAAUGAAACCCCUCCCUGUGUCCCACCCCUAGUCAUAGCCUCAUACACCCUUAAUCUGUAUCUCCAGGUGUCUGUGUCUACUGCUGUCCUCACACUGUUGGCGUGAACAUCUGCUUCUACAAAGGGGAGGAGGAGGAAGGAGGAUCACCAUGAGUUCAGAGUCACAUCACACAACCCCAUUUCUAAAAGGUAAGUGGGGCUAAGAAGGACUGAAAACCCUGCAAGGAGCUUCUUGUCCUAUCUGGGAGACUGAAAACCCUGCAAGGAGCUUCUUGUCUUAUCUGGGAGACUGAAAACCCUGCAAGGAGCAUCUUGUCCUAUCUAUCUAGGAACAUCUGUGCAAACCUUCAUGUUCAUUCCACUGGCCUGAGGGGGUGCCAUGGCCACCCAUGAUGGCCAAUUCUGGGAGUGGGCCAAGAAGGGAAGCUGGUGCCAGACUCUGCUGUUGGUGUUGCCUGGCACUCUACUUAGACCAUUGCAUAAGAGCAGGAAGGAUCUUUCUUCCCCUAAAUUAUGUUUUAAUUUUAUUUUAUUACUAAUCUUUGUGUAUAUGUAUAAUGUUUGUGUGUGACUGUGUUUAUUCAUGUAGAGAGAAAAAGAGGUUUCUUAAUAUCAGAUGGAAACUCUUGCUCAUGUUUGGGGCUUUAAGGUGACUUUGCUGGGUCUGGGCUCUGAAUUCCGUAGAUCUAGGGUUGAGAGUAUAGCUUGAAGGACCUGAGUUCAACUAUCAGAGCCCACAUAAAAAUGUUGGAUAUGGUGGUGUUUGCUGGUAAACCCAAUGCGCCGAGGCCUAGAUACAAAACACUUCUAGGCUCACCAGCCAGCUAACAAGUUGCCUAACUGGUGAGCUCCAGGCCAAUGAGACCCCCAACACACAGGUACACACACAUACAUACAUGCACACAGGAACAUGUAUACACAUGUACAAACAUGCUCCAGUGCACACACAUACAUGCAUGCACACAGGAACAUGUGUACACAUGUACAAACAUGCUCAGGUGCACACACACCCAUUAAAAAAAAAGAAAUACAGGGAUCUGGUCAGGCAGGUGCCAGGGACUGGAGCUCUUCCCUCUGCCCUACCUCUCCCAGAGCCUCUCAGAAACUCAAAUCUGUUUCAUGAAAUAGGCCCCAUGACAACUGCUGUGGUCACACUUGAUAGAGUGGGACAUCUGAUUCUUCUGAGAUAGUUGUUGGUGGCAGCGGCAUAUCUUACUUGCUCCAUGCCACUGUGCCUCACAGGGAGAGGCUUGCUUUAGAUGUUUUAAAAGUCCACCUUCAGUUCUUGGAAUCCUGCAUACCUAGAGCUGGACCCCCGCUCUCUUCCUGGUCCUGCUACCAGCAGACUCUGAACCAUGGUCUGCAUGGAGCAACAGGCGAUCAGUUUCUCGGUGACUACCCUGGGCUGGUUGUGUAUCAUUGUGAGCUGUAUCCUGCCUGUUUGGAGGGUGACAUUUCCAGAAGAUGAGACAAACCCAGAUGCCAGUAUUUGGGAGGGUUUGUGGCACAUGUUCAAGCUUCAGAAAAACAGCUGGAUACAGUGCACAUUGUAUGACACCAGGCCAGCAGUCACUCAGGACUUAAGUGUGUCUCAAGUCUUCAUGAUCAUCUGCAUCAUUGGAACCUGGCUAGGUUUGCUGCUGUUCAUGAUCAGGGAUGAAUGUCUCAAGAGUGUAAAGAACGAGGAAGUUGAAGGCAAGAUCAUGAAGGCAGCCAGUGUGAUGUUCCUGGGUGUUGUCCUUCUGGUGCUGAUGUCCCUGUCCUGGAUGACAUACAACAUCAGCCAUGGCUUCUCCAACCCACUGCUGGGCUCCACAAAGAAAACAGAGAUGGGUGCCUCACUCUACUUGGCCUGGGCCAGCUCACUGUUGCUGUUACUGGGAAGCACUAUGCUGUGUUUUGACUGCCCAUCACACAGUGACACCCUCCCCCUCAGUUACAUUGUAGACUGUGCUGACAGACCUUCAGGAGCCAACAGCUGUGUAUUGGGUAAGUCUUUCUCUACCUUUUGAGCUGUUUAAUUUUAGACUGACCUCAGACCAUCUUAUGACCCUAUUCUGCAGGUUUUUGAUUCCUGCAGUGAGCAAGAGAUCCAGUAAAUUUACAAGACUCAAGACACUCCUCCCCAGUUAAGAAAACAUGUCCAUGGAACUGUUCACAAGCUGUGCAGGAGACUUGAGGGACGAAUCUAGAUGAGUUGUCACCAUGGUGAGGCAGGCUUCUUGGUGAUGAAGCUACCCGAGUCACCUAGAAAUCUAUAAGUGACCCCAAUAAAGUCAUUAUUCC